AUGGCGGAGGCGCUCGGCACCGCCAUUGGCGUGAUUGGCUUCAUCGGCCAGCUCUUCGACGGCUGCGUCAAGGCCUACGGCUACUUCACCACGGCGGCCAACCUCGACGCCGACAGCCAGCGCAUGCUGUGCAAGGUGCGCAUCGAGGAGAUGCGCCUGACCGUCUGGGGCCGCGAAUGGGGCGUCGCCGAGGGCCGGUUUGACGCGCAUCUGAGCGAGCGCAACCCGCAGCUGAGGGCGCUGGCGACGCAGAUCCUGGAGCAGCUGCACGGCACCGUGACGGACUUCAGGAAGCUGCAGGACCGCUACGGGCUGGUGGACGAGGAGGCGGUGGAGAAGCACGGCGAUGACGAGAAGAAGAGGACAAAUGGCGCGUCCAGGAGGCGGACGAGUGCGAGUGCGAGUGCGAGUGCGAACGAGAGGAGCUGGAGAAGGGAGCUGGGGCUCCGGACAAAGUGGGUGAUUGGAGUGAGAAGUGAGCGUGAGAGUGAGCGUGAGCGUGAGCGUGAGCGUGAGCGUGAGCGUGAGCGUGAGCGUGAGCGUGAGCGUGAGCGAGAGAGCAUGGACAAGGACAAGUUCAGCAACCUGCUAAAGGACCUCAAAGACUUCAACGACGGCCUCGAGCGCCUCUUCCCCCCCUCGCAGGUCCCCUCCUUUCAGCGCGCCUGGACUCACCAGCUGCUCGACCGCGCCCAGCGCGACCUCGCCGAGCUCUCUCUCCUCGAGAACGCCUCCUCGGGCAUCUACCCGCAGCUCACCAACUCUGCCACCCUCAAGAAGCUCCGCAUCAACCUCGACAGCAAGCCCCAGUCCUCCUUUAAGCCCACCUUUGCGCUGAAAGUCGGUCUCUCCUCUCUAGACAUUAGUCAUGUCGUCGAAAAGGGCAACAGCAGCACCCAACGCCGGUGCCAGGGCCAUCACGUCACCGCAGGAGAUGUCCUCAUCGAGUGGGUAGACUACGACCGCGAAGCCAUCGAGGAGCGCGUCGCCCAUGUCCGCCGGAUGGACGAUCUGGCACGCAUGAUGCACUCGGCGUCGGAAUGCCACCCGGAUCUGCACAGCAUCGACUGUCUUGGCUACACAGACGACGCCGCCAACAGCCGCUACGGCCUCGUCUACAAGGCCCCCGCCUCAUCGCACUCAACCCUCAAGACGCUCAUCUCCAGCCCGGAUCUCAAGACCCCGGAUCUGGACGAGCGCAUCCACCUCGCCCGGACCCUCGCCGUGGCCGUCUGGUCCCUCCACUCGCUCGACUGGCUGCACAAGUCCCUCUGCAGCUCCAACAUCCUCUUCUUCCCCUCCGCCUUCUCCACCUCGGCCAACUCACCCACCGCCUCGGCCGCCCUCGUCCCGGACAUCUCGCACCCGUACCUCAGCGGCUUCGACGCCUCCCGCCCGGAACUCGACACCGCGCUGUCCAUGGCGCCCAAGAACCCCUCCAUCGAGGAUCUGCACCGCCACCCGGGCUCUCUGCGCGGCAGCCCGCACAUCAAGUCCUUUGACAUUUACAGCUUCGGGCUGGUACUUCUCGAGAUUGGGCUCUGGAAGGUGCUGCAGGCGUACUACAAGGUGCACUACUCGGCUGAGCGCUGGCGCGAUAAGGUCGUGCUUGCGGUGCUGGUUCCGGCGCUGGGGAGCAAAGUCGGCAAGAUAUACAAGGAAGUUGUGGAAAUGUGUCUGCGAGUGGAUGAGGAUAUGACGAGCAUUGAGGCUGGGGAGUUGAUGGAGGAGGUUGUGAGCAAGCUGGAGAGCAUACGGGUAUAA